AGGUAAGAUUCCACACAUGUCGCCCGAUCGACAAAUGAAAAUUAUGGGGAAACCUCUCUUAGUUUCAAAGCGAAGUUUCCAGUUCUUGUUGAACCACAAUAAUUUGCUUAGGAAACAAUCUAAAAAUUUUACUGCAAUUAAGUCAAGUCUACAAUGUACAACUUGUAGAAAGAUUAUGAUGAUAGUAUUCUUUGAAUGAAAGGUAAGAAACUACUCCAUUCCACUAAUAUAUAUAUUCAGUAUUCUGAACACCAAUGUCUGUAUCAGGUGAGUAUUCUUUGAAUUAAUCAGAAGAAAGGAAAAUAAAUAUGCAGAUUUCUUGCAGAUUUUUGUUGGUGUUUAUACUUGCAGCAAUAUUGAUUAAGAAAGAAGCUUGGGGAAAGCAACAUGUUGUGGGAGGAAGCCAAGGAUGGGAUGAAUCGACAGAUUACGAUUCAUGGGCAUCUUCUCAGACAUUCAAGGUUGGGGAUGAACUAGUGUUCAAAUACACUCCGGGACUGCACAGCGUUGUCGAACUUGGCAGUGAAAGUUCAUACAAAAACUGUGAUAUUUCGAGUGCAUUGGAUUCAUUGAAUGGAGGAAGCAAUACGGUCAAAUUAAACAAACCUGGUACACGCUACUUCACCUGUGGAACAUCGGGCCACUGUGGCCAGGGAAUGAAGCUCAAAAUCACGACCGUCGCCGGAAAUGGCACCGCCACUAGUACUCCGGCAUCGCCAUCGUCGACUACUUCGACUUCCGCCGCCGUCCCUACUAAUUAUGAGUCUUUCGGACUUUUCGCUUUGGUUGCUACAUUGCUAGUGACUAGUAUGAUUUUCAAUGCUUGAGGGAGGUUUGCGUAUUUGAUUUUGAUUUAUUUUGUAAAUUUAUGAAAUUGGGUUUUUUUAUGUAUUAUUAAUUAUAUAAUAAAACGGCAGCCGUAUAUUUGUUU